AUGUGGAUAUCAAAUUCUAAUUCAAAUGGCCCCGUUUUUAGUUCAUCGGGUGAGUCAAUGCCAACAGACCUAAUCACAGAAGGAAACUGUGUGGAAUCAUCAAGAAUAAGAGGAUUUUUAAGUAUUUCAAGAUUGAGUACCGAUGAUUCUAUCAAUACUCAUUUGGAUGGGAUCAGUAAUGAUAAUUGUGAUAAAUAUUUUAAACAAGUAAUGUUACCUCAAUGGGAUAUGAGAGGUAAAGUAAUAAGUUUCUGUGGUGAUUAUGCUGCAAGACUUCGGAAAGAAAUUCAUGAAGAUAAACAUGAAAUCCCCAAAUUUGAUCUCAGAUUAGACCCUUAUGCUUUAAAAGCCCAUCAACAAAAGAUCGAUGAAAAAUUCCAAAAAGUUGAAGCCAUCGAAAACUGGGUUACUAAUGAACAAUCUGUGGAGCGUAUUAUCCAUGAACGGUCAGUGACUGUUUUAAAUCAAAAAUGUUAUUAUAAAGAUUGGUAUAAACAAUAUCUUGAUUCAACUAAACACUUGUAA